AUGGCGUGCAGGAGUGUGUUCAGAACUGUGUUCUUAACAGAGUCAUGGCAGCCUCUGCCGUGUAAAAACAAAAUAUCCAUUUUUACUCCAUCCCACAAAAUAUCAUCAUCCGAUUCCUAUUUUGGCUUCAAAAUUGCCAAAGUUAGAUGUAACUUGCACUUCGCAAGGAGGACUCGGCCUUUGAAUUCUUCGCACAAUGAAAACCCAUCUUCAUCUGAUGAUGAUAACGAGCAAGGCCCGCCUCAAGAAGCCGUUCUAAAGGCCAUUUCAGAAGUUUCAAAGACAGAAGGAAGGGUGAGACAAACAACAAAUGUGGUUAUUGGAGGCACAGUGACAGAUGAUUCGACAAAUGAAUGGCUUGUUCUGGAUCAGAAGGUAAACUCCUAUCCAACUGUUAGAGGCUUUACUGCAAUUGGCACUGGAGGUGAAGAUUUUGUACAAGCCAUGGUGGUUGCUGUUGAAUCAGUACUUGAGCACACAAUCCCAGAAGGCAAAGUGAAACACAGAGUAUCCUCAGGUGGCAAAUACGUAUCGGUGAACAUUGGACCUGUUCAAGUAGUUUCUAGUGAGCAGGUCCAAGCAGUAUACAACGCUAUGAGAAGAGAUGACAGGAUGAAAUACUUUUUGUAG